AAUAUUGUUGAGAAUCUAUGAUCAUAUUUUACAUAUACAAGUUGCAAGUGGAGGCAUGGAGUAAAAGCCCCAUAAGGCCAUAAUUGACAUAUUAUAGUCGACUAUUGGAUGGUGCGUAGGGCUGGACCGGAUUCAGUCAUCCCACAAAUAUAGAGCACACGAAUAUCACGUGCCCUUCGCCCUAAACAACCGGAAUAUAAUCAUAUCAUAUCAUACCAUCACUACCAUUUCUAUACCUUCACAGAGAGGAUAUCGGACGACUCACAUUUUCCCCCAAAUCCGAUCUCUCUCUGUACCUAAUUAUGGCGUUUUCCGACGAAUCUCGACAGUCUCUGAUCCCUAAUUUCCUCUAUACGUCGUCGUUUUCAACCACCAACCGCCUCAUGGAAAAAUUCAACAACAAUUCAAACCCUAACUUGUAUCGAUCUGCUUCAAUUCCAAAAGAUGAGCAAAAGUUGGUGAUUCCUGCUCCUAGUGAGCCGUUUGGAAAGAUCGAGAUGUACUCGCCUCAAUUUUACGCUGCUUGUACUGCUGGUGGUAUCCUCAGCUGUGGUCUCACUCAUAUGACUGUUACUCCUCUUGAUCUUGUGAAAUGUAACAUGCAGAUCGAUCCAGUCAAGUACAAGAGUAUUUCAUCAGGUUUUGGGGUAUUGCUAAAGGAGCAGGGUGUGAGGGGGUUCUUCAGGGGAUGGGUCCCUACUUUGCUUGGUUACAGUGCUCAGGGUGCUUGUAAAUUCGGAUUCUAUGAGUUUUUCAAGAAAUACUACUCUGACAUUGCUGGCCCAGAGUAUGCUACCAAGUACAAAACUUUGAUCUACUUGGCUGGUUCUGCAUCUGCUGAGUUGAUUGCUGACGUCGCUCUUUGUCCCAUGGAGGCGGUGAAGGUUCGUGUCCAAACACAACCUGGUUUUGCUAGGGGCCUAGGUGAUGGACUUCCAAAGUUUGUUAGAUCUGAAGGCGCACUUGGGUUAUACAAGGGAUUGGUGCCACUUUGGGGACGACAGAUACCGUACACGAUGAUGAAGUUUGCUUCAUUUGAGACAAUUGUAGAGAUGUUUUACAAAUACGCCAUCCCGACACCCAAAAAUGAAUGCAGCAAGUCGUUUCAGCUUGGUGUCAGUUUUGCUGGUGGAUAUGUUGCCGGUGUUCUCUGUGCUAUUGUAUCUCAUCCUGCUGAUAAUCUUGUCUCGUUUCUUAACAAUGCUAAGGGAGCAAGUGUUGGAGACGCUGUGAAGAAGCUUGGAGUUUGGGGUCUUUUCACCAGAGGGCUUCCAUUACGAAUUGUCAUGAUUGGUACUCUCACUGGAGCCCAAUGGGGAAUUUAUGAUGCUUUCAAAGUGUUUGUCGGACUGCCAACCACGGGCGGUGCUGCACCUCCUGCUGCUAUUGAACCUGCAAAAGCCUAGAACAUGUGAAGUUUGUGACGGCAGUUGUGAGGACUAAAGCAAUCCCCUUUUAAAAGCGAUUAAUAAACGUGUAUUUGUUACUACUUUCAUUAUUUUGGACAUCUGAAAUAGGUGACAGUUUAAUCUGUUAUUUUUGGCGUCAGAGAAUAUUAUGCUCUCAUGUGGAAAGUUUUGGGUAGGAUUUAUGUAUCAUGAAAAUAGGAUUAUAAGCUAUUUUCAGGUUAAAAAGGAAAUAAUGGCCUAUGUGAUGGCCAAGAUCCUUAAAACAAUAGUUUGUGAAGACAUGAAUUAUAAUGAUUUUGUUUUAUUUGAUAAGUU